AUGCACCAGUUUUGUGAAUCUCUCCCUCAGUUGGUGCGCUGCAUUCGAGACUGGCGCAAGAAGAGGAAGUCUCGGCUGUCGCGCAAGUUUCUCAGGCAGCUGCCAACUACAAAGUACAAGAAGGGAGACAUAUACGAGACGUGCGCCAUCUGCCUUGAGGAUUAUGUUGAAGGGACAAGCUGCGCAUUUUGCUUGUGCACACGAAUAAAAGUCCAUUGCCCUGCACGGCAUAAACCAAACUCGAAAGAAGAAACAGAUGACAAACAGUCGCAGCCGGUGAAUGGUGGCAUUGUCUUCUGCCUUCCAAGUUUAGUGGCCAUUCCAUACCCACUGCAAGUGCAUCAAGCCAUGGCGCUGCACAACAAGGGUACAUGUCCCCAUCUGGCGAAACGCAAGGUGGUCCUUCCAGGCAUGACCCCAACUCUGACUCGGAAGGCGAAGACGGAAGGGACCCAAUGCCACAGAGCGCACACCACUGCUGGCAGGGCUCCGGGUGGCGGCGGUGGCGGACGUUCGGAUAGCUCACCGUCGCUGUUUCGCCAGCCAACAGAGGCUACACUCGCCGUACGGGGCUCCGCUAAUCGCCCCAUUAUUCACACGGCGAGCUUCCACCACGAAGACAGUGGCAUGCCGACUAGUAGCUCAUGCCCAACACACGUGAGCACGGCACAUUCCCUGAACCGCGACGUUGACAGCAGCAGUAUCAGCAGUGGCGCCGAAGAUGAAGUGCAGGUCAGGCCUAGCCAGUCUGCAAGUACACAAGGUGAAAGCCAGCACCACUUGCGGUUGUAGCACACACACCGAAAGGAUAGGAGUUGGCCUUUAGUGGGCAGGGCAGUUACCACGGUAGUUUCGUACCUUUUGGAGUGUACUUUUUUUCGCACAACAAUAACUGCUGUCAUUCUCGCGAGCGGUCCAUCUGUCUGAAAGUUGGGCUAGUUUGUACAUUUGCUUGUCAGGUGGUUCAAAGAUGACGCAGACGCAAGGUUGUUGUGUGUCCCGUUUGCUUGUGUCUGUGUCUUCCUUGUGCUUUAGUUUUUUGACAAGCGGUAUCACGUUUGCAGUGAUUUCUCUGUCACUAACGCUUAAAUGGUUUGUAAUUUAUGAAAACACUGCAGACACUACGUGUGAUUGGAAGUGCAGUAUUGAAAUCAUGUUGGUUGUUGUGGAACAAAAGUGCACACCUCAAGGUUUAAAAUCCUAGUACGGUUUAGGGGAGCCAUAUAGAAUUCUCAAACACCAACUUGAUAGUAAUACAUCAAUGUAUGGGGUAUGUACCUGUAUAUUUGCCUCUGUCUGCGCACUUGUUUAGCAGACACAAAAGGAAACUGGACUGCACUUUUUGCCAAGUCGGCUGCUUGCAGUCAGUCGGGCUGUUGGAAUGUGUGUGCUUUCCACAGCCGAAAUUUUAAUUUUCGCCUAGCCCCAUUUGACAACUGUACUGCUUCACACUUCGCUUGUGUGUGAUGUCUCUAGGUAAUCUCGAGAAAUGGUCCUAGUUCGCCUUAGUAAAUGUAGGUGGCGGGUGCUGUCUAAGUAUUACUGAUGCAGCCGUGCAAUAAAAAAGCACUGCAUAGUGGUUGCAGUACAGCUGAGGCUAGCGGUGUCUUGCGGCAUUGCUAUUUGGCUCAUCUGCACGUGUAGCAUGUCGCAGUUAUUUGCUGCACCGAGUGGCCCAUGCUGUCACUUUUUAAUGCUGGGCAGUGUUGUAAGUUGCUAAAGGGGCAUACGGGACAAUUCCUGGAAAGCAUUGACAUAGUGAAAGCCACAGCCCCUUAAGCUUCAGUAUUAAGACAGUUAACACAUAGCUAUGUGAGGUCACUUCAUAACCAGCUUCUUUGAAGUGUUCAUGUGCAUGAAGGGUAAUGGGCACCCAUGAUAUUGAUUGGGGCUGUAGCCAACCGAUCUGGAACAACCGAUACACUGAGCAUAUAUAUAUAUGUCUGUGUGUGUGUGUGUGUGUGUCAUGCUGCCUUUAUUGUUGUAGCACCUGGAGUCUCUUAAGCUAGUAGAUUCUUGACUGUACAAGAGUUUGCACUGUAAGCAUGCAGUGCUGUGUGAUCUGCAAGGGUUUCUACUGGUGUGUAAAUUUGCCAAGAUUCUUUUAUCUGUGCAUCUGAGAGAAGAAUGUCACAUUUCUAGUAGUUGUUGUGUGGGAUCUAUGGCAUAGAUAUAAGACUUGUUUUCAUAGCAACAACACCGUGAGUAUAAUUUUGCCAUUAGUCGUCAGUCAUGUUGUUUCCACGUCCAGUGAUUCACAGACUAAACUGGUUGACAGUAAAGUAGUGAGGUUACUCAUCGCAGGUCUGAAGAUAUCGGAACGUUUUGUCAUGAACUUGAUCCUUAGUGUAUCAUUUCAGCUUACUGGCAUGCUUUGUGCGUGCUGGUGCUGAAACUUGCAUAUUGUGAGUGGUAAUUUUAUGCAUUCAUUCAUAAUUCAUUGUCUGUAUAUCUUGCUUUAUCGUGCAAACAUCCAGCGGCCAGUCGUGUGAUGUUUUUUUAAUAUAUCAUGAAGGGACUAUGGUGAUGGUGGGAGCAAAUUUUUCACCAGAGACAUGUUCUGCGUGUCAUGUGGGCAAUCGUGUCACUUUAUUUGACUGGAUGUUGCUUCUAAAAAGCAGCGACGAUGUUGGCUUUGCAACCUUCGCAAGAUACAAAGCUUCUUAGUGGAAUCGGCACUGCAUGUUGCUGCCAAGUGCAAUUUUUACUCUUUGUGAUUCAGUGGCAUUUCAUUUUAAUUUUGUUCAGGUAUUUUUUUUUUUUGUUCCGUGUGUGUGUUGUUUUUCAAAGCAACUGUGUAAUCUGCAAAGUGUAAGCACUACUACGAAGACCAUGGUGUCCCUCCAGCAAGUAACAUCAGCAGUGUAACCUUGCAUCUAUGUAUCUUGGAAGACUGACUCAAACUACUAUUUCCUUCGGGAGUGCGUGCGUGUAUAGUAUACAUAUAUAUACAUAUAUAGCUGCAACUUGCAUAGAUGGUGCGGUGCAUCAUUAGGAUAGCGCUGUUGAAGUACAGCAGUUGAAACCUUUUCACGUGCCACUUCAGCGAUUGGGUUGCACUACCGCGCAAACUGCAAUACAUGUUUUUCUAUUACUCGUCCCACGCGCGGCCACUGUAUUCAUAAUAGACUAUGAUGAAUGCUGGCAAUCGACAAAUGUGGCUGAAAGCUUAGACGUAAUCUGUAAUGGCAGCUCGUUAGAUCGGUAACACUGUAGCUCAAGUGAGUUGCUUUUCACCUAUCCUUAUGGUAGUAGUACUUGAAAACAUCAUGCUAGCGUGAUUUAGUUUGUCAUAUAAUACAGUGCGAGAGAGACGGAUAGGGAAAAACAGCAUUGCUGGAGAUGUGUUGUGACGUACUGCACUCAAGUAAGGUGUGGUGUAAACAUCCUCGAAAUAAGAGUGGAGGACUACUAGGUAAUUGCGGGUAGUAUGCGGUUGGAGCGCAUUGCCACUGGACAAUACCCGAGCUGCUGUCACCAUCUGUGCGCCUCGUAUCGCGGUGUACAAUUGGCCGAUGCUCUGCAACGAGUGCUUUUAUCUGCAGUCUUGUUCAAGUACCCUCCUUGUCUGUGGGAGUGUCUCUUGAUUGUGGGCUGCACAUGAAGUGGUGCUGCAUUGCUUUGCUUAGACAAACUAGAGUGGACUCAACUAUGUACAGCGUGUUUUAUAUAUAAUGCACAAACACUUGUUCUCUUGUGGUGCUCCUAUAUUGAUAUUGGCGCUAGUCAUCAUUCUUUCUGACAGGCCCCAAGUAGAAAAGAAAGUGACGUCAAUGGAACCAGCUGUCCCCUGUUGCUGAUUAACCAUGUUUCUCUUGGGGUGCAUGCUUGGAGCUUGAAAUGAGUACCACGAUUGUUUUUCCAGAAGAUGAAAAUAAAUGUUUAUUUAAAUUA